AUGACUGCAAGUAUUGCUAUUUAUGGGGAUAGUUACAAAUUAUGCUGCGACAAGUUUAAAGGACCGGGUAUUCCCUUACAUUCUUGUAAAGCACCAAAAGACGCCAUAUCUUCAUGUGAAAAUCUCCUUGGUGAUGUGGUAAAACGUAUACUGAUAUGGAUGGUAGCGAUGGUUGGUUUAACCGGUAAUGCUCUUGUCAUUGGCUACCGCUUAUUCUAUGAGAAGCAUUUGUUAAAACAAGGUUAUAGAAUGUUUGUUACACACCUGGGCUUGUCAGAUUUUAUCAUGAGCGUUUACCUGAUGAUCAUAGCAGGAGCUGAUGUUUACUACCGUGACGACUACGUGUUGUAUGACAAUGAAUGGCGAGACAGUUCUGUCUGUAAGGCCGCAGGUUUUCUCGCUACUCUCUCGGCUGAGACAUCGACUCUGUUCGUGCUAAUGAUCACUAUAGAUCGGUAUUUAAUCUUUAAAGAUUCACUCAAUCAGACAAAGAUAACUCCAAAAAUAUUAACAGCUGUCGUUUCUCUUAUCUGGGCUAUUGGCAUCGUUAUCUCCACAAUACCAGUUGUAUUUCCUGACUGGCAGAUUUACUCAUCUAACGCUAUGUGUCUGGGACUUCCAGUAAAUUUGACACAUCCUUUAGGAUGGAUGUUCUCUUUAAUUCUCUAUGUUGUGAUCAAUUUUAUAAUUAUCGUUCUGAUAGUCCUAGGGCAAAUUGUAAUAUUUAAACACAUCACUAUGCCCAGCAGCUCUCUAAUUAGUUCAUCUGUCCACAAAAGACGUGAGAUCACAGUUGCUAAAAACUUGUCCUUUGUCGUCACAUCCAACAUCCUCUGCUGGUUUCCUAUUGGUGUUGUUGGUCUCAUGUCUGCCUCUGGUCAUGUCUUUAGUCCAGACGUUUAUGGCUGGCUGGCUGUAGUCGUAUUGCCCCUGAACUCUGCCGUUAAUCCAAUACUUUAUACAUUACCAGUUGCUUAUAAAGCAUUAAGUAGUAUGGGUAAGAAAAGAACUAAAGUCGUUACUCUCUCGUGA